AUGAAGUUGGGCCCGCUUUUACUGGCGGCUCCUGUAGUUUUUACUAUGGCUGCUGCGGAUCCGCGAGCGCACCCGACGGGCCUUGCCCUGCGCCGUCUCGAGCGAUGGGAAUUUCGAAGACAGGAUGAUCCAGUCGCGACUGCUACCACUCCCCCAGCAGGCGGAGGCGGCGGCGCGUCGGCAUCCACACCGGCAACGUCGGCAACCAGAGAGACGACGAGUGCAGCGCCCACGACGAGCGCUGCUCCCGAAACAACGCCCACCACCUCUCAAGCACCGCCACCCACCACUACCACCACUCCCGCCAGGCCCACACAGCCCACUACCACCUCCAAUCCCGCCCAGCCGACGACCCCGACCACCGCGCCCACCUCGGCUGCUCCCGUGCCCACCACACCCACCACAACCACCCAGCAGCAGCAGCCCCAGACCAGUCCGACCCAGAACCAGAGUCAGAACCAGAACCAGAACCAGAACCAGACUCCGACUACCACCCAGGCUCCUGCCACCACAGCACAGCCCUCGACCACUGUCAUCGAGUCUACGCCUCCUCCCACCACAUCCGUCCUCAGCACCACAGACCAGCAUGGAAACAUCAUCACACAGACUGUCAUUGUUACCCCCAGUGUCGUCAGAGUCACAAAGGUCGCCACGCCCACCGCAGACCCAUCCGAAAGCGGAAGCAAGGGAAUGACCCAGUCCACCGUCAUCGGUCUCGCCGUCACGGGCAGUAUCGCAGGCCUUUUGGUUAUUCUCCUCAUCGUUUGGAAACUCACAAACAAACGCUUUGCCGACCUUGAGGACACUGGUGACGACGAUGCCAUCAAAUGGCCUGAACUCCACAAGGACUCGGCAGCCAUGACCCCCAUCCCAGCCCGUCCUUCCACCAGAGCCACCGGGCGCGACGGAGACAACCUCGGCACCGACUUUGACGCCCAGUCUGCCGUCCACUCGACCACCGACUUGGCCUACCCACCUUAUUCCGACGACCCGGGCUACGGUACCCGUCCCGCGUAUUAUGACCCGUAUGGGGGUGCCCCAGGUGCGACAAAGCCUUAUCCAUCCCCUCCCGGCUCCCACGAUGGUGACCAUAAAAACUGGGGUGGUCCAGCCGACGCGCAGUACUACGACGUCCCACGCGGCCCUAGUCCCGGUCCCAAUGCCAUUGCCCGUGGCAUGAGUCCCGGUCCUAACAUGGCCUAUGCGACCGAUCCCAUUGGACGCGGCGCGAGCCCCGCUCCUCCCGUCAUGGCCUAUGCCGAUCCCGUAGGCCGAACAGGCAGCCCUGGUCCUGGUGCAUAUGGCUAUGGUGCUGCUGCCGCCGCUGGAGCCUACGCCCAGCCAGAUCCCUACGGUGGUCGACACAGCCCUGGCCCCAACAUGGCGUACGGCCAGGCCGAUAUCGACCCUUACGGUCGCCGAUCACCGGGGCCCGGAGUCGCUUACAACAACUCGAUCGGGCGCGUAGCUAGCCCAGGACCUAAUGCUGGAUAUAGGUGA